AUGUUUAAAGAUGUCAUUUUGAGAUUACCGAGAGAUAAUCAUGCAAAACAACAAAUGAUUGAAUUUUGUCAACAUUAUUAUAGUGGAAAUGAAAAAGAAUUAAAAUUUAUUCAUGAAUUUGCAGAUGACUAUAAAUCGAAUAUGGCUAUUAGAUGGUAUACGAAAGACACAUUUCUCUAUAAAAUAGUAAAUAGAGCAUUGAGAACUGAAGACAUUGAACAGUUACAUAUAUUUCGAUUUUUUAUUGCUGAUUUAUCAUUUAGUCUUGCUAUUGAAUAUGAAAAAUUGCAAAAAACAGAUGAAAAAAUCAUUAUGCUUUAUCGUGGACUAAAAAUGGAAGAAGAAGAACUUAAAACUUUAAAACAAAAUGAAGAUCGUUUAAUUUCAACAAAUGGUUUCCUAUCAACAAGUCGUUCAAAAAAUGUCGCACUUAAUGAUUAUGCAGGUGAAUUAGAAGUUUUAUUCGAUCUGGGAUCAAGAUUUGAAUUAGUUUUCGUUAAGGAAGAUGUAGAAUUACAUCUAUGGUCAAUUAAACUAAGAGCUAGUGAUAAUGGAUCAAAAUUUGCUAAAGAAUAUAUCGAACUAAAUAGAAAAGGAGAAGAAGAAUUUAGUAUUGAACUUAUAUUUGGCAAAUUACUAAUUGAUAUGGGACAAUAUGAUCAAUCAUUAAAAUAUUUUCAAAGUUUAUUAUUAAGUGAUCAUACAGCAAAGAAUGAUAUCGCAAAAACUAAUAAUCUAAUUGGAUCAACGUAUUAUAAUAAAGGUGAUUUUGAGAAGGCACUUGAAUACUAUGAACUAGUUUAUAAUUUAAUGAUGAAUAAUAAACCAAUGCGAAUAAAAGAUUCAGCGAAACCAUUGACAAAUAUAGGUAUUGUUUAUCAUCUACAAGGACAAUACGAUCGGGCACUUGAAUUAUAUACGAAGUCUAUAGAAAUAUUUGCAAAAUAUUAUAGAAAAGAACAUAUACAAGCAACAACAACACUUAUGAAUAUUGGUAAUAUAUAUACAGAAACUGGAGAAUAUAAACAUGCAUUGCAAUAUUAUGAAAAUGUGCUAAAAAUGCAGCAACACUUUUUACCGUCGUAUCAUAUUGAUACUGCUAUGACAUUGAACAACAUUGCAGCCAUAUAUCACGAAUUGAAUGAUCUCGAUCGUGCAUUGAAAUAUUAUCAACAGUCAUUAAAUAUGAAAGAAAAAAUACUUCCAUCCGAUCACAAAGAUAUUACUGAAUUUCACGAUCAUUUAGCAAGUGGACAUUCUUCUCAUAAAAUGUCUCAUAAUAUCUUACAAAGAUUUUUACCACAACAUGCCCUUCGAGUUAUUGAGAAUUUUAAACCAUCUGAAGUUCCGAAAAAUCCAAUUGUACGAUUCGAUAUUGUACCAAAUGUCUCGAUCGAAACUGCUGUAGAACCACUUGUUUCACUUGUUCCGAAUAUUAAAGAAAUGAUAUCCAAAGCGAAACAAAAAUGUGAUAGACCAAAAGAUGGUUUAACAAUUGAUGAAUCUACUUCAAUUAUGCUCUAUUCUCUUGAAUGGGAACCAAGAGAAAAUUCAUUCUAUAUUAUUCUUAAUAAUACUUUACGAGCCGAAGAUGAAGAAAAAUUAAAACCAUGGCAUCUUUAUUUGAAAUUAUUUGUUACGGCACUUGAAAAAUUACCAUCAAUAUCUAAAACAAUAUAUCGAGGAGUAAAAAUGAAUUUAAGUACGCAAUAUCCAAUUGGAAAAACAUUUGUUUGGUGGGGUUUUUCAUCAUGUACAAGUUCAAUAGAAGUACUUCAAUCAGAACAAUUUCUUGGAAAGACAGGCAGUAGAACUCUAUUUAAUAUUGAUUGUGAUUCUGGAAAAGAUAUUCAACAACAUUCAUUCUUUCCAACAGAAGAUGAAAUAUUACUUGUUGCUGCUCGAAAAUUUAAAGUCGUCUCAUGUCUUGAUUCGGGCAAUGAUCUUCAUAUAAUUCAAUUGAAAGAAAUUGAAUCAGAUUAUCCACUUCUAGGAUCUUCACGUAAAACACAUGAUUCUAAUCGAUCGGACAAUAUAUUUUCAUCGAGCUGUCGUGAAGAUUCAACUACUACUUCUGUAGGUUCAUCUGCAUCUCUAAGACCGACACCACCAAUAGCACCGAUGCCACCUCAAUUUCCGGCUGGACCCAUGUUUCCAAAACCACCUAAUUUCCCGCGCUAG